AUGGGUCGUAUGCAUUCUAAGGGUAUGUCUUCCUCUGCUAUUCCAUACAGCAGAAACGCACCAGCCUGGUUCAAGGGCUCUGCUAACUCUGUUGUUGAGCAAAUUAUCAAGUACGCCAGAAAGGGUUUGACACCAUCUCAAAUCGGUGUCUUGUUGAGAGAUGCCCACGGUGUUACUCAGGCCAAGGUUGUCACUGGUAACAAGAUUCUAAGAGUCUUGAAGUCCAACGGUUUGGGUCCAGAAAUCCCAGAGGACUUGUACUACUUGAUCAAGAAGGCUGUCGCUGUUAGAAAGCACUUGGAGAGAAACAGAAAGGACAAGGACGCCAAGUUUAGAUUGAUUUUGAUCGAAUCUAGAAUCCACAGAUUGGCCAGGUACUACAGAACUGUCUCUGUCUUGCCACCAAACUGGAAGUACGAGUCUGCAACUGCUUCUGCCAUGGUUAACUAG